AUGAGUACGCCCCCCUGGCUCUCUGCCCUAAGAAGUAGUCAGCAGCGCGGCGGCGGCGGCGGGAGCGGCUCCCGGCUCGCCUGGCACAGCGGCGCGGCCGCCCCCCCCGGCAGCGGCCCCAGCCAGCCCUUCCCGCACGCCGUGCCCCCCUCCGACCCCCUGCGCCAGGCCAACCGCCUGCCCAUCAAGGUGCUCAAGAUGCUGACGGCGCGGACGGGGCACAUCCUGCACCCGGAGUACCUCCAGCCCCUGCCCUCCACCCCCGUCAGCCCCAUCGAGCUGGACGCCAAGAAGAGCCCUCUGGCGCUGCUGGCGCAGACCUGCUCGCAGAUCGGCAAGCCGGACCCCUCGCCCUCCUCCAAGCUCUCGUCGGUGGCGUCGAGCGGGGGCGGCGACAAGGACCCCCCCAAGGCCGGCCCGCUGAAGCUGAGCGACAUCGGCGCGGAGGACAAGUCCAGCUUCAAGCCCUACGCCAAGCCCGGCGCCGACAAGAAAGAGCCGUCGGGGGCCGCGGCGUCGGGGGUGGGCGCUUCCUCCGGGGCCGGCGGCGGCUCGGGCGGCGGCGGCGGCGGCGGCGGCGGCGGCGGGGAGAAGUCGGGCUUUCGGGUGCCGAGCGCCACCUGCCAGCCGUUCACGCCCAGGACAGGCAGCCCCACCUCCAGCUCGGCCUCGGCCUGCUCGCCCGGCUUGCUGCCCGGCGACGCCAAGAGCGGCGAGGCGGACAAGAAGGAGGCGCCGGAGGGCUGCGCCAAGGAGCCGUCGGGGCCCCUGGGGCGGCUGGGCUGCGGCGGCGGCGGGGGCCUCCCGGACCUGAGCCAGGCGCACGACGGCGCCAAGGGCCUGCUGGCCUCCUCGUCCUCCUCCUCGUCGUCGUCGUCCUCGUCGGAGGCGUGCGGCGGCGCCGGCAACUCGGUGUCCACGUCGAGCUCGUCGUCGUCGUCGUCGUCGGUGCUGGGCUCGGGGCUGGUGGCGCCGGUGUCGCCCUACAAGGCCGGCCAGAGCGUCUUCCCGCUGCCCCCCGCCGGCAUGAGCUACCCGGGGGCGCUGGCGGGGGCCUACGCCGGCUACCCGCCCCAGUUCCUGCCCCCCGGCGUGGCGCUGGACCCGGGCAAGGCCGGCGGCCUGCAGCUGGCCGGCAGCCUGGGCUGCGGCAAGGCGGCGGGCUCCAGCCCCCUGGCCGGCGCCUCCCCGCCGUCGGUGAUGACGGCCAGCCUGUGCCGCGACCCCUACUGCCUGAGCUACCACUGCGCCAGCCAGCUGGCCGGGGCGGCGGCGGCCAGCGCCUCGUGCGCCCACGAGCAGGCGCUGAAGGCCGGCUACCCGCUGGUCUACCCCACGCACCCGCUGCACGCCGUGCACUCCUCGCCGCCCGCCCUGGCCGCCCACCCGCUCUACCCCUACGGCUUCGUGCUGCCCAACGACCCCCAGCCCCACGUCUGCAACUGGGUCUCGGCCAACGGGCCCUGCGACAAGCGCUUCGCCAGCGCCGACGAGCUGCUGGGCCACCUGCGGACGCACACCGCCUUCCCCGGCACGGACAAGCUGCUGGGCGCCUACCCGGCCUCCGGCUCGCUGGCCGCCGCCAUGGCCUGCCACAUGCACGUGCCCACCUCGGCCGCCCCCUCGGGCAGCCCGGCCUCGCUGGCCCUGCGCUCCCCGCACCACGCCCUGGGCCUGGGCGGACGCUACCACCCCUACUCCAAGAGCCCCCUGCCCGCCCCCGGAGCCCCCGUCCCCGUGCCGGCCGCCAGCGGACCCUACUACUCGCCCUACGCCCUCUACGGCCAGAGACUGACCACCGCCUCCGCCUUGGGAUACCAGUGAGUGCG